UCUCUCUUCUCUUAUCGUCGGUUUUUGCGGACCGGCAUAAUAAACCGGAAAGAAGUGCAAAAAUAGCAGCAACAAUUAUCGAUAUCGAUAAUAAUAACAGAAACAACAGUAGCAAAAUGGUGGUUUUAGAAACUGCCAACGCUCUAUUGGGCGGCCCAUAUGCCCAAGGUGCACCCGCCUUAAAAAUGGUACAAAAACGUUAUAUUGGAUUACAUCAAUGGUUGGGACCAAUACGAACCACCAAAGAGCUAAAGGAGCAUAUUGUAGGUGACAAUCAACUUUUUCGCUCACAGAAUCCGGGCUUAGCAGCAGCGGCAACAAAUGCUGCUGCAGCAGCUGCUGCCGCAGCGGCGGCAACAUCAGCAGCUAGUGCAGCAGCAGCAGCAGCUGGUGCACCGCCGGUGCCUAAUGGCGGCAGCAUGCAACAGCAGCAAUCUCAGCAACAGCAGCAGCAACAACAACAGCAGCAACAGCAAAUGCAAAUGGCUGCCGCUUCGCAACAGUUUUUGGCUGCCCAACAGAAUGCGGCGUAUGCCGCCCAACAGACCGCACCAUAUGUCAUCAAUCCCGGCCAGGAGGCGGCUCCAUAUCUUGGCAUGAUUGCAGCAGCUCAAAUGCCGCAAUACUACGGCGUGGCACCAUGGGGCAUGUACCCAAACAAUCUGAUACCACAGCAGAGUACACAACCUCGUCGCCCGUUGACGCCCUCACAGCAGGGAGCCGAAAAUCAACCGUAUCAGGUCAUACCGGCAUUUUUCGAUCAGAGCGGCUCACUUGUAAUGGGACGCACUGGCACACCCAUGCGUUUGGUUAGCCCAGCUCCCGUAUUGGCUGUGCCACCGGGUGCCGCCCGUGCUGGACCGCCACCACCGCAGGGUCCGCAAUUGUAUCCGCCGCAACCGCAAACGGCUCAACAGAAUCUCUACUCACAGCAGAAUGGUUCCAGUGUUGGAGGCUUGGCCUUGAACACCAACUCGUUGACGGGGCGUCGUGAUUCAUUUGAUCGCACUACAUCCGCCUUCAGCCCCUCGGCCAUGGAUUAUACAACCAGCAGCGUAGCUGCCGCCAAUGCCGUCAACAGCACAGUAGCUGCAGCUGCAGCCGCUGCUGCUGCCGCAGCGGCACGUGGCAAAUGGCCAGGUGCCAUGUCAAGUGCCGCCGGGGCCUAUGGAACUUUGGGUGCUGCUGCAGCUGCUGCGGCUGCGGCCAAUGCCUCGGCCAGUCCUAUUGGAGCACCAUUGACACCGCCGCCUUCCGCGGCCCAGUCCUGUCUAAUGGCUGGCAAUCGGGCGCCAGGAGCCGAAUCGCGUCAGAGGCAACAAUUGGCUGCCGUUGGCUUGCCCACCACAGCGGCAGCUGCUCAGGCUGCUGUGGCAGCCGCUGCAAAUAACAUGUUCGGCUCGAAUAGUUCCCUUUUCUCCAAUCAUCUGGCCAUACCGGGAACCGCUGUGGCAGCAGCUGCUGCUGCCGCUAAUUCACGUCAGGUGGCUGCGGCAGCUGCUGUAGCCGCCGCUGCUGCUGGAGCAGCGGGUGCUGCCGCUGGUGGAGCACCGCCACCGGGCCGAUCACGUCUGUUGGAAGAUUUCCGCAAUCAACGCUAUCCAAAUUUGCAACUACGAGAUCUGACCAAUCACAUUGUAGAGUUCUCACAGGAUCAGCAUGGAUCACGAUUCAUUCAACAGAAACUAGAGCGAGCCACCGCGGCCGAGAAGCAAAUGGUUUUCAGUGAGAUACUUGGAGCCGCCUACAGCCUAAUGACCGAUGUCUUUGGCAAUUAUGUUAUACAGAAAUUCUUUGAAUUUGGAACUCCCGAGCAGAAGAACACCCUCGGCAUGCAGGUGAAAGGUCAUGUGCUACAGUUGGCGCUGCAAAUGUAUGGCUGCCGUGUGAUCCAAAAGGCCUUGGAGAGCAUUUCACCGGAACAGCAACAGGAAAUUGUCCAUGAAUUGGAUGGACAUGUGCUAAAGUGUGUCAAGGAUCAGAAUGGCAACCAUGUGGUGCAGAAAUGUAUCGAAUGUGUGGAUCCUGUUGCCUUGCAGUUCAUCAUUAAUGCCUUUAAGGGUCAGGUGUACUCGCUGAGCACACAUCCAUAUGGCUGCCGGGUCAUUCAACGUAUCCUGGAGCAUUGCACAGCCGAGCAGACGACUCCGAUUCUUGAUGAAUUGCAUGAGCACACCGAACAGUUGAUCCAAGACCAAUAUGGCAACUAUGUCAUUCAGCAUGUAUUGGAGCAUGGCAAACAGGAAGAUAAAUCCAUACUGAUCACUAGUGUGCGCGGCAAGGUCUUGGUGCUAUCCCAACACAAAUUUGCCUCCAAUGUGGUCGAGAAGUGUGUGACCCAUGCCACGCGUGGCGAACGCACUGGCCUCAUUGACGAGGUGUGCACCUUCAAUGACAACGCCCUGCAUGUCAUGAUGAAAGAUCAGUAUGCCAACUAUGUGGUCCAAAAGAUGAUCGAUGUGUCAGAGCCCACGCAGCUUAAGAAACUGAUGACCAAAAUUCGCCCUCACAUGGCAGCACUGCGGAAAUAUACCUACGGCAAGCAUAUCAAUGCCAAGCUAGAGAAGUACUACAUGAAGAUAACCAAUCCAAUGGCUGCGACAGCUACCUCAGCAGUUGGCGGAGGAGUUAGCUGCAGCGGUGCCACCAUAACAACAGCAUCGCCCACAUCAAUUGCAGUCAGUAGCAGUGCAACAGCUGUCGCUGUGCCUGCAGCAUCAUCCUCCACUUCAGCAUCAUCCUCCAGCUCAGCCAGCAGCAAUUGCUCUAUAACCACCACCACAAGCACCACUACCACCACCAACAGCAGCAUGUCAUCGCCCACAAUUUGCACCAUACAGGAGAAUGGCAAUAGCAUGAUGGCCGAGCCCACAUCCCCAGCCCUUUCCGAAUCAUCCUCAUCUGUGGUGACGGCCAUCAAUGCUGGCCUAGGUCCAAUUGGACCACCCACAACAGCCAAUGGAGUGCUGUAAAUACAACAAAAAAAGGAAAAAUAAAAAAUUUUAAAUCAAACAAACACAACAGAAAGAAAAGAAACCACAACCAACCAACUCAUAGGAUGUAGAAGAAGAAUUUGAAGAAGUGAGAGCAUCAGUCGGUUUACAUUCUUCUCGAAUUUUAGAUAAAAAACCAACAAAACUGCAUACUAAAAUCAGAAAAUACUAUAUAUAUAUAUAAACACACGCAUACAUAUAAAUGUAAUCUAAUUUAUUGAUUCCUCAUACCCCUCUCAAAACAAAAAAAAAAAAUCGAAAAAAACUCUCAACUAAAAAGUGCGGGCCAUCGAUAUAAUAAUUUGUCAAAUUUUGUAAAAAAAACAAAAAGUUCUGCUGUUCACAGAACAGGCAAAAGGAGAUCUGAGAAAAUUUCACAAAAAUGCAUUGUAUUUUUAAUUAACAAAACAAAAAGAGAUGAACGAUGAAAUAGUUGUGCUAAAUGCCAACUAAAUUCAAGUAAUUUGUAUGGCAAACAAAAAUGACGCAU